CUUUUCCACAGGGGGCGCUGUUGGUCUUCUUUUACAUCAGUCUGAUCAAACCGCAGCUGAACUCACUUCAGUCUCAGCGCUGAAGAGUCAUCCCUCCUCCUCCUCCUCCUCCUCCUCCUGCCCGCACCUCCUCCCACGGAGACUCCCCGCUCGCGCGGGAGCGACGCCGUCCGCCUGCGGGAUUUCCGGACUGACUGACGGAGGAGCAGCCGGGAUGGGAGGCGCCCCCUCGGCGUUCAGGAGAUGAGUUCCUCGCGGGAUUUUGUUUGAUGGUUUCUGGGAAAAGUUGGAGUCCUGCUGGAGGAGCCUCUGCAGAAGUUCAGGAGAGACCAGGACCUCCUCUUUACUGAAGGAGAUCAGAGGAGAGGACCCUGCAUGAGAGGAGAGAAAGGCUGAAUGAUUCAUCUGUGAUCAUGUGUCUAUGGUGUAUGACAGAUCACUGAAGUCCGCCUGAGAUGUCGGCGUCCAGAGAAACGGUGACGUGAGCGUCUCUCCUGUGGAGGAAAGGAUGCAUGUCUCUACAGUUGUGGCUGUGUUCAGGAGGGCCGCGAUGCGAGCUCCUGCUGCCGCCUUGUCGCUUCUCCUGUGCCUCCUUUCCCAUGUGGCCUCCUGCCCUUCCUCCUGCCUAUGUGCCAGUGACAUCAUCUCCUGCAGUGGCGGCGGUCUGUCCUCGCCGCCUCCUGAUUUGCCGAGCUACGCCUCUCGGCUGGACCUGAGCCACAACGCUCUCCUUGGCCUUAGUGCCGGCUGGCUUCCUGGACCGUUCCAUCGACUCGCGUCACUUGUUCUCUGCAAGAACUUGAUCAGCCAAAUCCAGGUGGGCGCUUUUGCGGGGACCCCACAUCUCCUCAGUCUGGACCUCUCAUCCAACCGCCUGACAUCUCUCAAUGAAUCCAUUUUUGCCGGGUUAACCAAACUAGAAGAGCUGCUGCUGAUCGGUAACCGGAUCAGACGGAUUGGGCCAGGCUCCUUCAGUGACCUGGUCGGCCUGAGGAGGCUUUACCUCUCCUCUAACAGACUGACCAACUUCACCGUGGAGAUUUAUGAGGGUCCCAGCGGACCCCACAACCUGACCCACCUGGAUCUGUCCUACAACCAGCUCUCUACCGUUCCUGUCCAGAGCGUGAUGUCUCUGAGCCUCAGAGGAGGAGUUUACCUGCAGGAGAACCCUCUGCGGUGUGACUGCACGCUGCUCGCUCUUCUGCAGUACUGGACGUGGAAACAGUACCGCCCCCUGGUGGAUUUUAGAGAGGAAUUUCCCUGCAGAGAGGCCGCUUCGUUCAACUGUACUCCCGUGGGAGUGUCAGACAUGCCUCUUCAGGCUCAGACCUACCACGCAGAACCCGGGGGGCGCAUAAGAAUACCGUGUCCGGGGUUGACUCUGCCGGUCCAGGAAGGACUGUUGGUGUUCUGGGUCACCCCAAGAACGGCCCUGAAUUCCUCUGGCAGUGAUCCGACUUCCCACCUUGCAGUUCUGUCCAACGGCACCCUUGAAAUCCGAGGAGCUCUACCGGGGGAUUCUGGGAUGUACGGGUGUGCGGUGGCCCGAGAGCGCUACCUCAAACCCGGCGAGUCUCUGGAGGUCAGAGUGCUGGUGGGAAACUCCAGCUCCUCCUCUACCCCGGGGGCGUCGCGGCGCAGUAGCACAGAACACUUCAACACCGCCUUCACCACCCUGGCCUCCUGCGUGGUCAGCAUCGUCCUGGUGCUUCUGUACCUGUACCUCACCCCCUGCCGGGGCCGGGAGGGCAGGGGCAAGGACGGCACAGGGUGCAGUGCACGGGUCAUGGCUCUCUGCUCCGACCCCAGAGAGGUGGAGUCGGGACAGCGGAGGUCAAACGGGAAGAGGGUGGCUUUCCUGGAGCCUCAGGCUGAGGAGGUUUGCAGAACGAUGAAUUCUGGGGAAGGAAUUCUCCGGAGCGGAACCAGGACAGCAGGAAAGAACCUCAACGAGCCCGGACAGAUGGCCUUGUAGAAGAAGACGUUUGUCCUGGUUCUCAGUUUGGUCUCGUGUCAGUGGGCGCCCACAAAAUCCAUUAAAGUGAGGCUGAAGUUCUUUCUUUUUUGUGGACAGAUCAUCUUUAAUGUCUGUCUGUUCAUUCAAGAGUUUGAAAAAACUGUUAUCUAGGAAACCUAUAAAAAAAUAAAUAAUAAAAAAAAAUGCCAGAAUUAUUGAUGCUUAUGCAGCAUGGAUUAUGGGUAACACAGUUGUAACUAGUAGGGGUGUGUAUUGGCAAAAGUCUGGCGAUACAAAACAUAUCGUGAUACUUGGCUCACGAUAUGUAUCAUGGUAUAUCCCAAGAGUGUACCUGAACAAUUUUUCACUAUUUUUUUUAAAGAGUAUGACUUAAAAAAAACUCUACCUGAAUAUGUAAUAAAAUGGUUAAAUUAAUUUGAUCUAAUGGUCACAACAUGAAGCUCUGCAACAAUAUCUCAUAUACAAGUUGCUUUUACCCACAAAUUCGUGGAGCUUUUCUAUUGGUAAACUAAGAAAUAUUUGUUCUUAAAGAUAACUAUCAAUAUUGCCCGUUUACACAAUAAAAUAUAUUUCAGUUUAAGAAAGUAGAAAACAAAAGUAAAACUCUGAAAUAUUCCCAUAUAUAGUUAUUCCCAUGUCUGCAUUUUAAAUUGUAAAAGUAUUGCCAAAUGAAGUAUCGCGAUAUUUCACUGAAUCGAUUUAGUAACUAGGGCUGCACGAUACGAGGAAAAUCAUAAGUGCGAUACUAGUGAUCAAUACUGUGAUGAUUAUAUGAUUCGAGGUACAUGAUCAAUGAAUAAAAAUAAAACUAAUAUAUCAACUACCUUUUACUGUUAGAGUUUUAUUUAAAUAAAAGUCAACUUAAUUAAGUUAAACUCUUAUGCUUACAAAGGAGGCGGGUAUCAAAACAUUAAAGGGCUCCAUCUGAUUGGUCAACAACUUGAAGGAGUUUAUCCGAUUGGUCAAAUGCAUAAAGGGCUCCAUUUGAUUUUAAGAUGCCAUAAAAUUGUUGUUACUGUGCAAAUUUUGAAGGAAAGCAUUUAUUGUAAUUUACGCUGUCCUUUGUGAUACACGUAUCGCACCGGCUUAUACCAAUAUAACUGUAAAAUUGUGCAAGACUAGAUGUAACUGUGAUUGUCUGCACCACAGCUGGGAUGACAUCUGUUCUUAAGUCUGUGUAAAAUGAUCCAUCCAUAGAAUCUGCUGAACUUCUGCCACACAAAGACACAAUCACAUCUACAGCUAGGGACACGUGUAAUAACACAGUCAUGUUUUUGUGAGUCUCGCUCAUGCAGGAGAAGAUGAUGACUCCACACAGAAAGGACCCAGCUGGGUUUUGAACCAGGAACCAGGGCCUUCUUACUGUGAGGCGAGAGCGCUAACCACUACACCACUACACCACUUAUCAAAGCAUCAGAACUGGAAAAAACUGGGAUAUUUUUUCUGUUAAUUAAUUUUCAAUUAAUUAUGUUGGACAGCUGCAUGGGUUCUCUGAUUGAACCAGGGCUCAGACUUAGAUUUAGGCUGCAUCGUUUUCAGAGGAGCCACAGUGUCGAGUGUGGAUGUACAAGAAGCUCUAAACCAUGAGCUAAGCUCCUCAGGAUCAUUAUUACACAAAACAGAGGGAACACAGAUCUGGUGAAAGGCAGUGGAAAACUGACUAGCAGUGGAGGAGUUAAAAAUCCUACAGCGUCGAACAGGAGCGUCAUUAAGUUUAAUGAAGAAUUUUAGGCUAGUUUGAAGUUUAGUUAGUAUUUAAGCAACGAGCUAGCUUUUUGGCUAUUUUAGCAUUUACUUAGGUUUUUUAGGCCAUCUUUGAGCUUAGCUCAUAUUUAAGCAACACACUAAAUAUUUUUCUUAAAUUGGCAUGCAUUAGGAAUGUUUAAGCAAUUUUACUACAAAGUUUUCAGAAAUUUAGGAGAAAUUCAGCUGUCUUUCACAGUUCUUUAACGAAAUGUCCAGUCUUUUAGCAAAUUUAGCAUUUCGCAAAUAGCUUUUCAGCAAAUCCAUAAAGCAAUUAUAGUCAAUUGCGUCAUUAUUUUUAUCAAAAAGCUUUAGUAUCUUGAGUGACUACUUUCAGCAAAAAGCAUUCACACUAGAAUUAUCACAACUUUAUGCAACUUUUCCAGUUCCCUGUAGCUUCACUUCACCUACUGCUCUCAAAUCUAUUUAAGAUCAGAAAGAGAAUUUAAGUCUCACUCUGAUCAUCUUUUGAUCUAUUUUAAAAUUUAAAAUUCCCAGGUCUUUUAAAUGUGAUUGUGUGUCGUUUUUAGCCAAAAAAAACUGUCAUUUUAGGACAUAGUUUCUGCAGAGCAGCAGGAUUUCAUCACCUCUGAAUUGUUGGUGGAGUCACUCAGCGUCAUCAAUCCCUUCCGGUCCUCGUGUGGGAAUACGGAGCUUAUGCUGUGCUGUCUAUUACAAAUACCAUCUUUUUCAAACAGCUUUUUUUUCUUCUGCUCUUUUUUCAAAAUGAAUUGAAAAAAGAAUCACUCAGAAAUGCUAUUUUAAUCUUAUUUUCUUAAUAUUUGUCCUCAUCAUCAGAAAAAAAGCCUGUUAGAAAGUUAAAGGUCAUGAUGAGUUAAGAAGGACAUUUUGUUUGUCACAUGUUGACGCUGAUGCAGGUUUUUGUGCAAAGUUUACCCAAGAAACAAGCAGGAACUUUGUUCACUGCUGACAUGCUGACAGAUUUUAAAGAAAGAUGUCCUUGGUUUUUUAACAGGAUCCAGAAAAACAAUCUGUGUUCCUCAGGAGAGGAACAGAGUGGUGACGCUUUCAGAGACACAGCAGAGACUGACCUCCUUCUGAGUGGAACCGUGUUUUAAUGAAAGUGUUUCUGACGUUCCUCUUAUGGUUCUGAAGGUGAAGCGAAGCCUCCACGUCUUCUGAGCAGUUUUCCUCCAGAAGGUGCCGCUCUUGAAGGUGUAACCACGACUGAGUGUCUUUAUUCAAACAUGGAUUUCACAGCUGACUGAAUCCAAACUCUGUUUUUUUUCUCACCUUAAAGUCAUUAAAGUUCAUGUGGAUUUCAGGUGUUACAAA